AUGGCAGUUGAUUGGAAUAUAGUAGAUGAAAUUAGGCUAUUUCGCUGGGUAUCGGAAUUUAAACCGGUAGGUAUACACAGGCAUUUUCAUAUGUUUUGUAUUUUGGAAAGAAUGAACAAUCCAGAUAAGUAUCCAGUUAUUACUUUACAAAAGGAAAGUUAUCACAGACCACCGAAAUUGUUUACAUCUAAAGAUAUUUGGUUGAAACUAAAACAAUAUUAUAAUUUAGAUGAGGCAAAUAGAAUAGAAAAUGAAUUCAUGAUUAAUCAUGAUGACACUGAGAAUAAUGAGAAGCAUGCAGCUCAUGAAAAGUUGUUUAUUGAUGAAUUGAAGUUGAUUGAAAAUAAUUCACAGUUUAACAAUACUAGGUUGUUUCAAAAUAGGUACAGGUUAAUGACAGAAACUAAAGAUUUUUCAUUACCAUGGGAUGAAUAUGGUGAUUUAAUAUUAUCUAAAGCUAUUAAAAAGAAAAACUCUGUUGCAAAUAAAGAAAAGGAUAUUAAUAAAGAUGGUCGGUCUAGGGUUAAUUUUACUAAAAACGUUGGUGAAAUAACAAUAGAAGAUAAUAAAAAAUUUAUGAAAGCUAAUAAUAUUCAAUCUCAAAAUCAAAACGUAACGGAACAAGAAAAAGUAUUAGCAAGUGGAAAUAUAGAUAAUAAUAUAAAGGAAGAAAUAGAAGACAAAGAGAAAAUCGCCGAAAAAUUUAAUAGCUCAUACGGAUCAUAUAAAAAUAAUGAAGAUAUCUCGAAAGAUAGGGAACAAAAUGAGAAUAAUAAUAACAUACAAACAAAUCAUACAGAGUCAACACAAAAGGAUGUUGAAAAGAUUGAAGAGAUUAAAGAAGAGAAAAUGGAAAAUGGAAAUUAUGAAAGCAUUAUUACUCAAGCAAAUACUAAAAAAAAAACAGUGGAAAAUGUUAAGGAUACUGAUACAAUUGAAAAACAUAAAGAUUCUAGCUUCAAGAUACACGAUCAAGGUGUUAUAGUAGAAAAUCUUGAAAAUGAUAAUAAAAUUGAAAGUCAAACAGAGACUAAAACCGAGUUGAAUUAUGAAAUUGAGAAUAUAGAGAAACAGGGGAAUUUAGUAUUGGAUAAGACAAGUAAUGAAUCUGAAAAUAUUCAGGUAAAUGAACAGACUAUUUUAAAUAAAGAAAAAGAAAAAGAAAAAGAAAUGAAGCAACCAAUAGAAGGAUCAAAACGAGAAGGGCAAAAAUUGCGAAAAGAAGAAAACAAAGAACCAAAAGAGAGUAUACAAAAAGAAUCCAGUAAAGAUAUGAGUCAUGCAAUAAAACAGAAGGAUUUCCAGGGGGGAGUAAGUGAAGAAACAACGACACAAGAUGAUUUAGAAAAAGAAUUGCAAGAGAAAGAGAGGACAGAGCCAGUGCAACAGAUACAAAAGAAGCAAUUAGAAAUCGAGAGAGAAGAAGGAGAAAAGAUGGUAUUGGAUAAAGAAGUUAAAAAAACUAUUGAAAUGCAAGAGUUACAAAAGGAAAGUAAAACACCAUUAGAAAAUCAUGAUAAUUUAUUGUAUAAAAAUCAAGAUGAGAAGAAGAACAAUAAAACAACAGAAGACAAUAUAGAGGUAGUUGCCAAAAAUUUGGAAAAUAAGGAACUAUCAUUAAAAGAAGGAGAAGAAAGAAUAAAAGAUGAAAAAAGAGGUGAGAUAGAUGAUAACGAAGAAAAGAAAAAGAGUGAAGAAUCAAAUGAAUAUGAAAAUCAGGAGCAAGAUAUUCCACAAAAAAACAGAAGGAAACGAGUAUAUCCACGUGCACAUAGGAUAUCAUCAAGAUUAAGAAGAAAGGUCCAUUCGGACGAAACAAAUAGUGAAUCAAGUGUAGAGCCCGUUAAAGUGUUCGAUGACCAGUCAACAGAGGAGAAGAAGAAUGUAGAAGAUGAAAAAACAAAUUUAAAGCAUAAGUUAGAUACAGAACAAGAUAUGAUUGAUAAUGAGCCGCUUGCUAAAAGAACAAGACAUUCAUCAUAUGCUAAAGUAGUAAAUACUGAGGACAGUGAAAAUCAGCCGAAUGGAGAGGAAAUAGUGUCUUCAAGUAUAUCAUCAAAAAGAGGUAAAAGGAAGAAUUCAAAUAGGACAUUAGAACCAACUAGAUUUUCAACUAGAUUAAGAAAGAAAAAAUAG